UGACGUCAGCAGGGGGCGGCUCUUUGAUCUCCAGCUGGGUAUGGACGGGUCUUCCUCUCAGUCCAGGAGCGCCGCUGGGAGCAGAAGAUCUGCAGGAAUGGAGCCGCUGGUUGCUGCCAUAGACCAGGGAACCAGCUCCACCAGGUUUCUGGUUUUCAACACAGAAACAGCUCAGGUGAUCAGUUACCACCAAGUGGAGCUCAAGCAGCACUUCCCAAAGGAAGGAUGGGUGGAGGCAGACCCCAUGGAGAUCCUGCAGUCUGUCCAUGAAUGCGUGGAGAAGACGUGCCAGAAACUGAGGCAGCUCAACGUGGACCUGUCCAACAUCAAAGCUGUGGGAGUGACCAAUCAGAGAGAGACCACCCUGGUUUGGGACAAAGAGACGGGAGAACCGCUCUACAACGCCAUUGUCUGGUUGGACCUGAGGACUCAGUCCACAGUAGAGAAACUCAUCAGAAAAACUUCAAGCAGGAGCAAGAACCACCUGAAGGAUAAAACCGGACUUCCCAUCAGUACCUACUUCAGCGCCGUCAAGCUGCGCUGGCUGCUGGACAACGUGGCGGAGAUUGGUGAGGCGGUGCUGAGUAAACGCGCCAUGUUUGGGACGGUGGACUCAUGGAUCAUCUGGUGUCUGACCGGAGGCAGAGACGGAGGCGUCCACAUCACAGACGUUUCCAACGCCAGCCGGACCAUGCUCUUCAACAUCCACACCAUGGACUGGGAUCCGGACCUCUGCAGUUUCUUUGACAUCCCGAUGGAGAUCCUGCCCCUAGUCAGAAGCUCCUCUGAGAUCUAUGGCCACAUGAAAUCCGGCUCGCUCGCAGGAGUUCCGAUCUCUGGGUGUCUGGGAGACCAGUCGGCCGCUCUGGUUGGUCAGAUGUGCUUCCAGGAGGGACAGGCCAAAAACACGUACGGGACUGGAUGCUUCCUGCUCUUGAACACAGGAACAAAGCCAGUGAUAUCCGACCACGGCCUGCUCACCACGGUGGCCUACAAACUGGGGAAGGACAAAGCUGCCUGUUAUGCACUAGAGGGAUCCGUCGCCAUAGCAGGGGCAGUGGUUCGCUGGCUGAAGGACAACAUGGGCAUCGUGCAGUCCUCCUCAGAGAUCGAGCAGUUAGCAGCUAAGGCAGGAACGUCCUACGGCUGCUACUUCGUUCCAGCUUUCUCCGGCCUUUAUGCGCCGUACUGGGAGCCCAGUGCCAGAGGCAUCAUCUGCGGCCUCACACAGUUCACCAACAGGAAUCACCUGGCCUUCGCUGCGCUGGAGGCCGUCUGCUUCCAGACCAGAGAGAUCCUCGAUGCGAUGAACCAAGAUAGCUGCAUCCCCCUGUCGGUGCUGGGCGUGGAUGGAGGCAUGACGGCCAACAGGUUACUGAUGCAGCUGCAGGCUGACAUCCUCGGCAUUCCUGUCGUGCGGCCCGCCAUGUCAGAGACCACCGCUCUGGGAGCAGCCAUGGCAGCCGGAGCCGCUCAGGGGGUGGACGUCUGGAAUCUGAGUCCAGCUCAUCUUCCAAAAGUCACAUCGGAGAAGUUCGAACCUCAGAUCAACAUAGAAGAGAGCGAGUUCCGCUUCGCUCGCUGGAAGAAGGCCGUCCAGAAGGCCAUGAACUGGGAGACCACAGAGACCAGCAGUACCAGUACUGGUCCAGGGAAGAGGAACGGACCCCGCCGCUGGGUCCCUCCCACCCCGGUCCCCAUCAGAGUGGACCCCUAAGAUCAGCAGCAGGAACUAAAAUGAUGGUGGACCAAAGAAAGGCGGCUGAGAAGAAGGACUGCGUGAAGAAAAGACGUUCCUUCUGGUUCCUGCCGUGCAGAUCAAAGAGGCUGGAAUUUAAUCAGAUGAUUUUCUUAAAGGGAAAGUUUCCUGAAAUCAUAUUUAAAAGUCAAAUCAUUCUGGCUUAAACAUGUAUAUAAAUAUUCUCUUUAUCAGACCAUAUUGUCCCAAAAUUUCUAUUUUAAAAAUAAAUUUUAAAAUCAGUGGUUUUUUAUUUUUUGUGAUCUUAUGCAGGUUAUUCGUCAGCCGAAAAUUACUAGUACAUAAUAAAGACACCAAAAAGAGCUAAUCUCCUAUCCUGUCACUGAGUUGUAGAAUCAUCUCUCUAUAAAUAUUUAAUUCUGUGAAUUAAAGCCAAUCAUUCUUUAAUAA